UAUACGAAAUACAAAUUACUGUACUGAUGACUACAGAGUAUGGUCUUUACGGACCACGGACCGUUGUAAACUAAAAUUGACCGCGUACUUACUAUAUUUACUUACACAAUUAACACUUAAUAAUACAUGAGUAUUCAUUAUUAAGUAUCAUAGUAUGAUCGUGCAUUAAAUUUUUUGAAAAAAUUACUUAUUAGUAGAGCUGAAUCUACUUUAUUUUGCCAUAAUAACCUACAAACACUGUUUCAGCGUGACGUUACCAUUUAGUAAGUGAAUUUUAUAUGAUUAAGUGCAAUGGACCUGAUGCAAUGUUACAUAUCAACAAGCCGGAUCGCACUUCAAGCCAAAUCUACGGAUCCGUUAACCUGGCAAAAUAUGCACACAUUGUUACCACAGUUACAUAAACAUUUAUCUUGUCAAGUAUGCCAUAAAUUAAUCGACCGAAUGAAUCCUCAUUUGGAUGGAUACGCAUGUUCAGAGUGUGUAAAUCAUCAAAUAACAGAAAAUACAUCUAGCAUAAUAUUACAAUGCUACAAGAAGCUGUGUGCUUAUAUUCAUAGCUCGCCUGUGUACAAAGUAAUGUGCACAAGAGUUGAAGAUAAACAGUUAGUCGAAUUACUAACUGAAGUUAUUGGUCUUUCUCGGUCAGUUAAUGGAUAUAGUGGAAUGACUAAUGGUACAAUGAUAAAACAAGAAACAAAAGAAGUGGAUAAUAAAGAUAACAAUUUAUUAAUCUCGUCAUCAGAUGUUCAACUGCCCAUUGAAAACCAAACACCAAAGGAUUAUAUUAAUUUACAAUUGUUUGAUGUACAAUCUCUGAAUUCAAAGCCAGAAUUCAAUAAUAUUCCUAAAAAAAAGAAAAAUGAACGUCGCUGGGGCUGCCGAUGUGGUAAUGCUACAACAACUCCCGGCAAACUAACAUGCUUUGGACAAAGAUGUCCCUGUUAUACAGAACAAAAAUCUUGUGAACAAUGCAAAUGUAAAGGGUGCAGGAAUCCUAGACAGAAAAGAUCCAAUAAUGAUGACAACUUAGAAAUAGAUAAAAUACGUCGAAAACCAGUAACCUUAGAAUUAGUAUCUUCACUUAAGCCUUCACAUAUUAAAAGCAAACCGUUACCUUCUCACAGUCAAAAUUAUGAUCAAGGCGAAACUGAAGUCACUCUUGGACAUGUGAACUCUAUUUUCCAUUCUCCUUGAAUAACCAUUAUUGAACAUAAUUAAACUAGUAUUGUAUUGUAUGCUAUUUGAAAAUUAUUAAGUGGAACUAGUGUUGUAUGCUGUUUGAAGAUUAUUUAGUGGAACUAGUGUUGUAUGCUGUUUGAAGAUUAUUUAGUGGUGUUGUAUACUAUGAAUAACAGAUAAGUUACCUACAUCUUAAAUGAUUACUAUAAUUGACUCUUGGUACCUCAAAUACUUUUUUUUCUUUUUGUAUUAGCACAUUAUGUUUCAUUGCAUUUUCAUAAAUAUUUAAAGGUUAUUUUAAAGUCUUUAAAAUAAAUCGAAUAUCCAACAUUCUUAUUUAAGUGUCUUAUCGAGGGUCUUUAAUUCAAAUAGUAUAAUGGAAAAAAUAUUUUAUAUUAUUCAUUAUAAUUUAUAACUAGUAAAGUUAACUUUUAAUAAAAUUAUAUAAACUGCUGGAUAGUAUAUACCAAAAAUACAUAAUUAACAAUUAAAUAAAAUCCUUAAAGUCUAGAUAAUAAUUAUACUAUAUUACUUAACUAUUUACUAUAGGAUAUGAAGUGUAGCAACUACACUGAUGUAUUAUCUAUUUAUAGGAAGAUACAAUAUCUGUAUCACCUUUAAGUAUGACCAAUAAUAUACUUAUAAAUUGAUUGAUUUACUUAAAAUAUUACUUAUUAGUUAAAUGUUAAAUUAAUAGUUGGUACAAAAUUAUAGUUAAUGAUUUCUUUGUGAUUAAAUCAUAAAAUUCCUUAAGUUAAGAACCUUACUCAGCUGCCAAUAUGUGCACAUGGGCAUGGCAUUACUACACAACCAGUGUACAGAUGUUUGACUCUAUUUAGGUAACAAACUGGUGCUGCCUGAUGAAAAUCAGUUAUCACCUAGUAUAUAUCUUAAUUUGAAUAGAAUAUUAAUCAUUAAUUAAUUAAUUAUAUUAUAAUUACAUAUUUUUAGGUAUUAUUUAGGUGUUGGAACUAAUAUAAAAUUAAUUUUUAAAUUGAGUUAUUUCUAUAAUUAUUUAAAGUUUUGUUUUACACUUAGAGUUAAGAUGACUUUGUAAAUUGUUAACUAGUCAUUAGUAAUAAAAAAUAUUAUAUUGUACGUUAAGUUUACAAUAUGUUAUUUUAAGUAUUGUUCCAUUAUUUUAACUAAUAAAAUACAUUUACAGAUAUUUAAAAUAAGACUAUGCAAUUGUAUUGUUUUGUACUUGAAAAAAUGAUUAUAAUAGUAAAUAUUUUUUAAUACUGUAUACCUAUUGAUAGUAUUUAGCUUAUUCAGAUAUUUUGUAAUUUUAUUAUAAUACAAAAACUUAAAAUAAUUGUGCCCCUAUAUGUAUAAAUAAUUUAAUGUCCUGAUGAUUUCUAUAUUAUUUGAUGGGUCUUAAUUGAUAUUACCCGUCGUAAAUACUGAAAUAUUAAUUUGAGAUCUAUUUCUUUAUUGUUAAAAUGAAUAUAUUAUUUUUCCUAUGAAAAUCAUUAAACUGUUGAUAUAUUUAUUGAAACAAUAACUUCUUAUUGCUGUAAUUUUAAGUUGUCAAAUAAAAUAUGUGUACUGCGUAUAGAUAACUAUUAUACCAUGUCAAAAAAUAAAGUUCUAUUAAUAUCAUAUUAACAUGUAUACCUAUUUACAAAGUAUUUUUUAUAGAAGUAAUCUAGUAAUUAUUUAUAUGCUUUACAUUUUGUAUAUAUUUAUAUAUAGUAAAUUCCCAUUACAACAAAUAUCAGAACAAAAUAUCCCAUUAUAACGAAAGUCAUAGAAGUCCCCUGCUGAAAAGCAAGGCUUAUUAAGAGCUUAUUCAAAUUUUCGUUAUAACAAAAACGGUAUUUUACUGUAAAUCUAUAGUUUUAGUCAUUAAAUUACAAAAGUAAAAACAUUACUUAAGGGGAUUAAUAAAAUUAAUGAACAAAUUGUAGACCGUUGACAACAAUUACUUGUAAAUACUUUGUUUAUUCUUAAGACUUAAAAAAAAACCUAUACUGAUAUUAAAAUAUAUACAAAGUGUAGUUCCUAGAUUUUGAUUAUGGUGAACGAAAUGUAUAUAAAAUAAUAACUAGUAUAUUUUAAUUAGGAUUUGUGUAUUAGUACUUAAAUUA